CUGCAAAAGGAUUUCAUUUAAGUUAAUCACAAGCCGUUUAAAGCAGAAUUUUGUCAACGGCAGUAGGGUAGGUCUACCUGUGAAGUCUUUGUUUUCGAUGCAACGGGCAAGUCUGAACCUGCCGCUUCCAGUCAGGCAUCUUCUCCCAGCUCCACCUUCAAAAAACCAUCAGGAUUGCAUAGCGAACCGACUGAAAAAAGCGGCCGCCCAUGCCUAGACAGGAAGUGUGAGUACACACACACACAGUCGGUGGACUUGGCUGGCUGGAACAGAACCGCCUUUCAUAAAGUACCUUUUCGCCUGGCCUCGCUGUCGCUGAGACGCUUGGUAGGCGGUCGCCGGUGGCCGGCCACGUCGAGUCUCUGUUCUUGGCUCCAUCUGAGAAGCCCGUGACCUCGUGCUGGUGUUCCCCAGUCGUAUUUAUCAAGAGGAGUGUCCGUACAGUUGGAGUUGGCAGAUAUCCCUUUUGUGGAGAGCUGGAGAUUAUUUCAUCGUGUGUGCAGGUCAGGACCAGAAGAUGAGUGGCUUUUUGUACAGGGGAAGGGACUAUGUGGAGAACCGGGAGGUCGUACUGAGGAACAACUGCCACAUGACAGAACUGCUGAGUGACGAGACGGAGAAAGGCCCACCUCUCCAGCCACAUGCUCUGAGGAAGUUUGAACAGCAUCUCCACGACCUGAAGAAGGAGAACUUCAGCCUUAAGCUUCGCAUCUACUUCCUGGAAGAGCGCAUCCAGCAGAAGUAUGAGGAGAGCAGCGAGGACGUCCAUAGGAGGAACAUUGAGCUGAAAGUGGAAGUGGAGAGUCUGAAGCAAGAGUUACAGGAGAAACAGCAGCUGCUUGAUAAUGCCCUGUCCACGGUAGAGAGCUUGACCAAUCACAAUGAGGUGGAGUUGCAGCGGCGAUGUACGGAGAGGCAGCAGGAGAUCGACCACAUGCAGGAGAUCCUGCAGACCAAGAUCCAGCUCCUGCAAGAAGAAGCCAACCUGGCACGUAGCGAGGCGGAGAAGAUGGCCACCAUGGCGGAGUCUGAGUCGCAGCGGUGCCUGGCCCUGGAGAGGCAGAUGAAGUGCCAGGAGGACAUGCAGGGUCUCCCUGGGGCCACUCUGCUCGACAGACUGACCGAAAAGGACAAGGUGAUCGAGGAGCUGACUCAGGCCCUGCACUCCAAGGAGGCCCUGGUUGAUCAGCUGGCAGAGGAAAAGGCCUCCCUGCAGGGGCGCGUGGACCAGCUGGAGGACCAGGUGCAGGACCUUUCAGACUCCCUCCAGCAGAAGGAGCAGGAUGCUGAGUUUUACCAGGACGAGUUGGGCCGGGAGAAACUGCGCAUUCAGCAACAGAUGCAGAGCCUUAUCGAGGAGCAGCAGACCCAGCUGAACCAGUACGAAUGUGCAGCUGGCCAGUGUGUGAGUGAGCUGCAGAAGGCCCAGCUGCAGGUUCAGUCACUGCAGGCCCGGAUCCACAAGAGCGAGGUCGGCAACAAGACACUGCAGGAGAAGCUGUACGAGAUGGAGUCUGAGCUGCGGUCCGUGAGACAGGCCUCCCAGCAGCAGGAGCGUACCAUCCAGGGCCUGAGGGAGACGGCCGGAACCAAAGACAGAGAGGUGCAGGAGCUGUACAGUGUCAUCGAGGGCCAGAAGGAAAUGCUGUUCAGGCUGAGAGAGGUGACACAACGACACCAGCUCCAGCACCUGCAGGUGUCAGACAGCGAGGUGGCCCAGAUGCAGAGGGAGCUCCUCGCCCUGCAGGAGUCCCUCUUUUCCACCCAGCUGGAGCUACAGGGCAGCCAGAGAGCAGAGAGGCGCAGCCAGUGGAGGGCCGCCGACGUGGCCUGCGACCGCGACCGACUGCAAGCCGACCUGGAGGAGGCGCUGCAGCACCAGGGUGCCUCUGAGCAGCACAACCAGGAGCUUCGGGGAGCCCUGCAGAGGGCCCGCUCCAACCUGCAGGCAAAGGAGGACCGGCUGAAGGAGGUGGAGAGCGAGAAGCAGGCGGAGGUGGAGGCCAAGGACAAGACCAUCCAACAGCUGAGGAUCUCGCUCAGGAACAAGGAGCAGAUGGUGCAGGAAUAUCUGGGGCUUCUGGACCAACAAGGACCUAAUAAGACCCUAAACACAGUGCUGCAGAAACUGAAGGAGCGUAUCAAGGAGCGGGACAUAGCCCUGGAGCACGCCAUCGAUGACAAAUUCCGAUGCCUGGAGGAGAAGGACGGGGACACACGACGACUCCAGCUGGCCCUGAGGGAGAAGGAGAGGGACCUGGAGCGACUGCGUUACGUUUUGUCCAAGAAUGAAGAGACCAUCACGACCCUGGAAGGCGUCCUGCGUGGGAGGGAGCUGGAGCUGGAGCAGGUGAGAGAGGCCAACAAGAACCUGCAGUGGCUGAAGCAGGAGGCAGAGGAGCAGCAAGCGUGCAGCCUGAAGGAGCGGGACGCCAUCAUCGGCCAGCUGCGGGCCUCCCUGCAGAGCCGCGCUAAGGAGGCAGAGGAUCUCACGGCGGCGCUCCUCAGCAAGGCAGUGGUGGAUGGCCGGGAUGCCCUGGAGGAACUUGAGCUCCGCCUGCAGCUGAAGGAGCGCCUGUUCCAGGACGCCCUCUCAGACCGUGCCAGACAGGCAGAGGAGCACCAGGGCCAGGUCCAGGAGCUGCUCGCCGCCAUCGGCGCCAGGGAUCACUACAUCAAGGAAUCUGUGAGCCGCCUGGGUCAGGUGAUCGCCGAUCGCACCGGUGAGCUUCACGAGCUGCGCAGACAGCUGGCUGCCCAAGAGCUGGAAGCGGCAGAGCUGAGCCAGCAGAGGGAAGAGCAGAGCUCGCAGCCGAGCCUGCAGAUCGAGCGGCUGCAGAUCCGGCUGCGGGAGAAGGACUCCUUCAUCCGGGUUCUGAUGAAUGGUACCCAAUACACCCAAGACGAACCAAUGACCACCUCCAAGCCAGAGGAAGCUGCAGACACUGGCAGCAAAACAUGUGACAGUGACUCUGGCCUGCAAGUUGACAUUCAUGCUGUGAGGGAGGAACUUCAGCUGGUCCUGAAGAAGGAAAAGGAGGCACAACUAGAACUUAUUGCCCUCCGCACUACUCUGGCCAAGGACAAAGAGGAAAUCUUGACCUUGGCUACCGAGCUGGAGACCUACACCAGAGAGUUAGGCGUCAAGGAAAAGCUCAUCAAGGAUCUUCAGAAGCAGUUGGUGGAUGCAUCGGAGGUGCCGUCGGUCCAGAAGCUGACACAGGAGCUGCAAGAGCUCAGGGAAGAACAGGGGGACACCAGUAGCGCUGGCCAUCAGCAGCACGUGCUGGAGCAGCUGGUUUCAGACUACAGCAGACUCACCGAGGCUGUGAGGAUGGAGAAGCGGGCGUACGAGAGUUUGGUUCAGGCCAACACAUCUGCAAGCAGCCCCGAGGAGACCUGGGAGCCGCAGAGGGAGCUGCAGAGGGAGCUGCACGCGGUUCAGUCACUUCGCGGACAGCUGGAGGCUCACCUGGAAAAGACCCGAAAUGCUGCUGUUGCACCGGCAAGGGCAGUCAAGGCGCAGGCCGAUUUUGGAGAGCUCAGCACAGAGGAGAGCGACGAUGACGAUGACGGCAGCGGCAGCAGCGAGUACACAGACAGCAUCGAGGAGGAGGAACCUUCCAGGCUUACCGCUCGUUCCCUGGCCACAAACCAGAUCCCCCCGGAUUUGUUAGAGCUGCACGGGGGUGCGGUGGUCAGGAGUCCAUCCCAGAAUGCACCUGUGGAGGGACAGGGCUUGGUGGAGGUGCAGCAGCUGGUGGAGCAGAAGAAGGCGGUGGAGCGGGAGCUGGGCGAGCUGAAGAGCCAGCUGGAGAAGGCCGGCUACAGCUCCCUGUCCCAGAUGCGGAACGCGGUUGUCAACCUGCGGGCGGAAAACAGCAACCUGAAGGGGGUAUUGGCACAGAUGGUGCGGAGAACGCAGGACCGGGUGGAGGAAGGGCGGCCGGAUGAGGGCGAAGCACGAGGGGCGUGGUCGGGCGGGGAGUUGAGCCCCACCCAGGGCAAACGCUCCAUGUCCAGCUCACCACCCCGUGAGGGGAAGAGGAGGUGCACCCGGCCUGUGUCUCUGGACCUGGGCACCCUGCUGUCCAGCACCUCCUUAGAGGAAGCACAGCCUGUGGAAAGUGUGGACCGGAUUUGGCAGCAUGUGGAGGUGGGGCUUACGGAGAAAGCGCGGCAGCUGCACCUGGACCUGGCGCAGAGUCAGCAGGAAAGUCAGGAGCUUCAGGAGAGGCUGAUGGUGUCCGAGGCAACGGUCCAGGCCCAGGCAGAGCAGCUGAAGGACUACAGGGAUCUGCUCACGGAAACCUCCGUGCAGCAGGACAGCAAGCAGGUUCAGGUGGACCUGCAGGACCUGGGCUAUGAGACCUGUGGCCGCAGUGAGAACGAGGCAGAGAGGGAGGACACCAGCAGCCCAGAGUUCGACGAUCUGGAGAUGUGCACCACCCUGUCCAAGCAAGACUGCGAUGGCCAGUGGUGGUCCGGGGAUUGUAGGAAGGUGGAGAAUGUGACGUCCCUCCGGCAGCAGGUGGAGGAUCUGCGAGGGCAGCUUUCCCGCUCACGCGCCACCAUCCGCAGCCUCCAGGGCCGCCUGCGGACCAUCUCUGGCACCGGCGACUGCUCCUCUAACCGGGAGAGGUCACCUGCUUCUCUAGCCUGGAGCUUCCAGGCCUCUCCGGCUACUAGUGGCCCCGAGGACGACGAAGGGUGGCAGUCGGACGGGAUUGGAGCCACCAAGUGGUCACAGCCCAACCGGGAGCUGCGGGACCUAGCUCUGCGCGUGACCUGUUUGGAGGACCAGCUCAAAAGCGCCAGGUCGGGCAGUAAGGGGACUUCUGAAGACAGCAAGUCCGCCACCUGGCCGGGGAAGUUCGACACGCUGAUCCAGGCGCAGGCCCGCGAGCUCUCCCACCUGCGGCAGCGCAUGCGCGUGAGCCGGGGAGUCUGCCGCAUCCUCAGCCAGCACCUGGACGACACCACCAAGGCCUUCGAGGAGCUGCUGCGAGCAAACGACAUCGACUACUACAUGGGGCAGAGCUUCCGCGAGCAGCUGUCUCAGAGCAGCGCGCUGGCCGAGCGGGUCAGCGCCAACAUCAGCGGCCGAGACCCUGCUGAACUUCUGGAUGAUAAGAUGGGCCACGAGCUGCUUGCUCUGAGGCUGAGCAAGGAGCUCCAGCAGAAGGAUAAGAUCAUCGAAUCUCUGCGCUCCAAACUCAAGCAGCAGCGGCCUGACACCCCUUCCAGCAGCCACGCCCUCUCAGAGACGACCAACCAGUCGGACAGAACGUCCUUUAUUUCCGAUGAGCAUGGCUCCACCCACGGAGACCUGGAGCUGGGCUCGGAGGUGGAUGCGGCCAGCGAGUACAACCAGGAGGACCAGGAGGGGAGACUGAGCCCACAACACACUGAUGCUUUCUGUGCAGGUAGCAGUUCACCUCACCCCUCACCUGUCCCAUGCUCCACAACAGCAUCACGCAGAGCUCAGUCACCCUCCAGCUGUCCUAGCAUAUUGUGCACGGUGUCCAGUCCCGUGGACAGUCUGUCUCAACAAGGCCUCUUUCCUGGUUUUAUGCCCAGUUCCCAUCCUGUCCCUAAUCUCAGCACUACCCACCCCCCCCCGGGUCAGAGGGAGCCUCUGCUCCUCGACCCCCCAUCUCAGCUACCGGGGCCCGGUUGCCCUGGUGUUGGGUCCAUCUCCUUGGCAGAGGUGCAUCAGGAGCUGCAGGUGCUGCAGAUGCAGCUGGCAGACCGCUUUACGGUUCCACAUGUGAAGCCGGUGCCCAGCUACUCCCUGGUUGACCAGCCUCAGCGGAAUCCCUCCAGCUACCUUCCCCAUCACGCUUUUCACCAGCCUUCGCUCAGCAGCAAUGACACUGGCAUCCGUCUGAAGGCGGAGCCAGGUUUGAUGGACCGUGGGGCAUUGUGGGAGAUGGGCCGCAUCGGCCAGCCAAUCAGAGCCUCUGCUUACGCCGACAUUUUGUCGGGCUCGUCGGGGUAUCAGUCUGGCACCAGCCACACAGGCACUGACCUCAUGGAGGAGCACCUGAGGGAGAUCCGCAGCCUGCGGCAGCGUCUGGAGGACUCCAUCCGGACGAACGACCGCCUGAGGCAUCAGUUGGAGGAGAGGCUGGCCUCUCUGGGUCGAGAUGGUGGAGCACCAACGAACAUCUACAUCCAGGGCCUGGACUCCCUCGGCACACUGUCCAAGGAGAACCAGGCCUUGAUGGAAGAGAACCUUCACCUCAAACAGACCAACAGAGACACUUUUAAGGAGGCGGAGCUGCUCCGGGAAGCCGUCCUGACUGGACGGGCACGGCUCAAGCAGGUGGAGCUGGAGGUGGACCGGCAGCAGGAGGAGAACGGCCGUCUGCAGGCCCUCAGCUGCAAGCAGGCCCAGGAGGUCCAGCGGCUACGUCAGGAAUGGCAGGCCGGCGAGGAGUCUAUCAGCAGGCUACAGCACAAAGUCAGCCUGCUGCAGCAACAGCUGGCCGACAGCCAGCAGCUCAUGCGAUCCCUGCAAUAUGAGCUGCAGUUAUACGAGGGGAUGUGCAUGACUACCAAGGGCUUCCCUGCUGCAGGCUCCGCCUCUGAGGGCCAGAGCUUCAGGGAGACGUCCCCUGUGGAGCUGGGAGGGCUCCUGGCAGAGCUGCGCAGUCUGCGCAUGCGUCUAGAGCGCAGCCUGCAGGAAAACAGCUCCCUGAGGAUGCAGCUGGAGGAGCAGACCAACACAACAACAGCCCCCGGUGAUCUACGGCUGCCCACUAUCACUGCCAGCGGCCAAUCAGACAACACCUGCAGGAGACAGCUGUUCCGUGAUCCUGCACCAUCUCCACCUGUGCGAGACCCCGGGUUGUUAACCUCUGGUUCCACAUACUCCUUGUCAUCUAAAUCCCCAGACCCGGAAGAUUUGGAUAGCUUGUCUAAUGAUAUGUUGAGGCCAAACUCAGAGCUGGAAGGAGAAGCUCCGGAUGGCUCAUUUGCCAACAAGAAUGGGCGGCACACCAUAGGACACGUGGACGACUUCAAUGCCCUCCAGCAGCAGAUCCUGGAGGGUAAGAUGCUGGUGCACAAGAUCGAGGCCAUGCUGCAGUCAUCCCUCACAUCCAGCCUUCUGGAGGUCACUUCUGGAAAGGCCUUGGACCAGGGCGUUGUGAAGACCCUCCUGACCAGUGCCAAAACGUUGGAUCAGAUCCUAGAGGAAGCCACGUCUCUCCUGAAAAUGUUCUGGAGGGCUGCGCUCCCAAGGCAUGAAAACGCCUUCCAGCACAUCAGAAAGGAGCAGUCAAUGAAGGAGGAGAUCCAUAGGCUGAGGGUGAGGAUCACCGAGCAGGAGGGGAUGCUGCAGGACACUAUCGAGAGGCUGAGGAGCACCAACCGCACUAAGGAGAACAUGGAGCACUUCAUCGUCAACCAGCUAUCAAGAACACGUGACGUCUUGAAAAAGGCACGGACGAAUCUUGAGAAGAACGAGUACAAGAUAUCUACCCUAAGCUCCUCCUCUUCCUCCCCCCACCCUGGUAAAACCCCAAGUAGGUCCUGGUCGUCCCUGCCUGACUGUGGUUUCAUGAAAACCUGCUCCCAGAAGCCAGCAGGGGGCGUUGCCAAGAUAAAUGACAGACCACACCAGCUCCAGACAGUCAUGUUCUGAGGCAGCAUCGACACGACCAUCUUCUGCUGCUUCCAAAUGUUGUUUCUUUACGUUCUGAAAGAACACCUGUUGGAUUCUGUGGGGACUUUGGUCCAAUCCAGUCAUGACGUGAAGUCCAUGAGUUUGUGUUUCGUCAUCCUACCAAGCCUGUUUGUGUCAUCUGCCAUCGCUGUUCUCCAGGCACCCAGUGCGCAUACAGCCUGAAAGGAGAAGCCGUACUUGAAACGUCGACCAAUCGAUACAAGUUUUCUUCUGUUCACCCAAUUAUGCUGCCAUAGAAAAUCUAUUUAUAGUAACUUAUUGCUAAAGGAUCUCCUCUUAGAUUUUAUUCUUUCUGAAAUAAUAAGAAGUAGAUGUAGAAUUUAGGUGGUAGACUGUCGAUAAGCUACUAAGUAUUUUUGGUUUCCUUUAGCCAACGUAAAUUAAAUCGUUACCAAGCAAUUUGAUCUGCUUGGAUCGGAACGAAGAAAAUGCUAUUUAGUGCUAUGACUGCUCGCUUAGACAAGCAUGUGCAAUACAAACUGUCCGUUGAAUGUUGCAGCCUGCUUUGCCUUACAUUGAAACAUAUUUACUCUAAGGCUAUGGACCGUCAGUGCAAUACUAGUGAAACACUGCUGACAGACCAGGUGUGUAAUUAAAGCAUUGUGGCCAGGAGGUGCAAUGAAAGCUAAGCUUGUUCCACAGGGAUCAGCGGUUACUGCCAAAGUUUGCGAAUUUCUACCACGAAGCCCAAGUGAACUGAGUCACCACUCGCUCUGUCUGAAAAAUCCUGCCUUUGAUACCGUGUUUUUGGAAAUUGGCUUAAUAAAGACAGAAAAUAAUGUACCCAUUUUUUGGUCCAGUGUACUUUUAUGACUAGAACUGUUUUUUUUUUUUUUUUUUUGCUAAUUAUUUAUCUGUCUUUGUAAAUGGACCAAACAUGGGUAAAUCAUAUCGAAGGCUUCUUAUAACUCAUGAUUUAUAUAUUUUGUGUUUCCGUAUAUAUUUUUUUCCAAAAAAGGUUGUAAAGGUUUAGUUACAAACCUUGGCAGUAUACUGACAGACGCCCGCAUUGGCUGGCUGCAUGUGUGCCUGCUGUGUGUCGUGCAUUUUAACUGCCUCCUGUCUGAUUUCUGUUGCAUUAGUCCUUUUGCUUUCUGAGGCCUUUUCUGUUCCGCAUGUAGUGCUCCGGUGUGUCUGCGAUUCCUACAUCGGACAGCAUAAGUGCAUGUAUUUCAGCGUUCUUUGCUCCAUGUUUCCUGCUUUGCUUGUCUCUAAGGUGUGUUUGUUAAAUGCUAGGUGAAGGAUGGAAUUUAUGCGGAAAUGCUGUAACAUAUUAAUGUCUGUCCCGCCUCUUCUGGGUGUGAAAUGGAGUAAACUUGAGUAUAGAAUACGACAAACCGUGCAACUUUUUCAUGUUAACUUUACCCUUAUUGAACAGCUAUAUUGUAGCGGACAUGAAUAAGAAACUAUUUGACCGUAUCCUCUUCCAACAACCAAAUGAUUGAACUAUAAUGUUUUGUGUUUCCUUUACAGUGUAUUUGAACAGUCAGUACAAGACUGUUUUAUAUUAAUUUGGGCUUUUGUUUAGGAAGCAAUAAAGUGGGGAAAGGCUAAAUGAAAACAUCACAUUUAUAAUUGUAUGUGCUGAAUGACCCAAGUACAUGUCACAUUGUGUAUAAUCAAAAGUUUGGGGAGAAAUACCGGUGUUUGGUGGUAGUUGUAAUGUAACAUAUGUACAUAGUGGUUGGAGUGAGGUUCAAUUUGCCAGCAGAAGCCACAUUGGCUGGUUAACCCGACAAUGUGUGUGUUGCAUAACAAAUAAAUCCAUGGAACCCUUCUCUUAUGAGAAA